AUGAGUCUCAAUUGCCUUACUUGUGGAAAUAUCCUCCAAAGGGUGAAGUCAGGCAGGAGUGAUGCAUGUCUCCCCCUACCAGAAGAAUCAAUCAAACCUUGUUAUAACAAUGAGAAUAAUAAUAAUAACAGGAAAGUGAGUAAGGCUCCAAAUAGAAGCUGGUCAGGGAACAUGACACCACCCCAAUUUGAACCUAGUGGACCAUUGGCCAAGGUUAAGACAGCACAUCAUAGACGCACCACUAGUGAAGGCGGUCUUGGACCAAGAUUGGUAAGGAGCAGUGGAAUGAGAAGAGAUUGGAGUUUUGAGGAUUUGGCUGAUGAAAAUCAAGACAAGGGACAACAGCCUCAAAUUGUUCAGAGGUAA